AUUAUUUUAAUAACAAAUAUUUUUAUUAUUAUCAUAUUAAUUUCUAAUAUUAUAAUAUUUUUAUCAAUUAUUUUAUCAAAAAAAUCAUUUAUAGAUCGAGAAAAAUGUUCACCAUUUGAAUGUGGAUUUGAUCCUAAAUCAUCAGCACGAAUCCCAUUUUCAUUACAUUUUUUUUUAAUUACAGUUAUUUUUUUAAUUUUUGAUGUAGAAAUUGCAUUAAUUUUUCCAAUUAUCCCCCUAUUUAAAUUAGUAAAUUUUAUUUUUUGAACUAAAAUUAGAUUUUUUUUUAUCUUAAUUUUAUUAAUUGGUUUAUAUCACGAAUGAAACCAAAAUAUAUUAAAUUGAACUAAUU